ACAAAACUUAAAUAAAUAAAACAUGUUGUAUCUGUUUUAAAUAUGAUACCAAUAUCAUGUCAUUAUUCCGAUUGAAUAGUAUUUUGAUAUGAAAGUGAGUCAACACUUUUAUUUUGGAGUUUUUUGCAUGAAGGCAGGGGCGCUCAUAUUGUUAGAAAUGUAAGUGGCAUGGAAAAGACUGAAAGCUAUAUAAUAUAAUUCGUUUGAUGUAUGUGUAUGCACAAAUGUCUGUGAACUGUGCACACUCUGCCCCCUUAAAAAAUAUUGGUGCAUGACGCCCCUGGUUGGACCUGUCAUGCUGCUAUUCAAGCCAACUGUGUGCAGUUAUAUUUUCAAAAGACAUUUUUCUUUUGCCAGCUUUAUAUAAGUAACUUCUGAUAGUGUUUUAGUGGAUAGUGUUUAACUACAUGUCUGUUUCUAUCUAAUUUAUAAAUAAUUUUCACUUAUGUGCAACUACUUUAUUUUUAACUACAGAACAUUUUCUUAGAGCAAGUCACUAUGUUUGAAACAAUGGGUAUAACAUUUGGAUAUAAAUACAUAGCCUGUUUUGAUUUAUGAAUGCACUCUAUUUCAAUAUUAUAAAUAUUUUUAAACAUAGCAUUACCUUUUAUGCCUUAUUGUUUGGUCCUUGAUUCUGAUUGGUUAAUAGCUGUGUUUCGUUCAAGAUAAAACAUAACUAUGACCUGCACCCCACGAUUAUCACUGCGCAGCACACUAACAUGUGAACCAAUCUGUUACUGUUCACAGUCGGUCAGGGACUAUUUUUUUCCACGGAAGGAAGGCUUUUAAUGAUUUUACCUCAUGAAAGUUGUGUUAAUACCUAUUUUUUGCUUUAAUAUUUGUAUUGUGUGGUAACCUUUAUAUAAAAGCAAUUAGGUCAUGGCUUAUUUACAAAGUUACAGGAACUUAUUCCACGAUAAAGCACAGCCUCUCAUACCUUAUUGCUUACAUACAUGUAACUAUUUGCAGUAAUGCUAACAAUGUUCCUCUCAUCUUUGUCUGGUUUUCAGAUAUCAUGAAUCCAGCAAAUCCUGCCUGGCCCGGCCAACCACCCAAUCCCGCUUUGCCCGGCCAACCACCCAAUCCUGCCUGGCCCGGUCAAUCACCCAAUCCUUUUUGGCCCGGUCAAUCACCCAAUCCUUUUUGGCCCGGCCAAUCACCCAAUCCUGCUUGGCCCGGCCAACCACCCAAUCCUGUCUGGCCCGGCCAACCACCCAAUCCCGCCUUGCCCGGUCAAUCACCCAAUCCCGCUUGGCCCGGCCAAUCACCCAAUCCCGUCUGGCCUGGACAGCCUAAUCCUGCCUGGCCCAGCCCACCAACAAAUCCUGCCUGGCCUGGCCAGUCACCCAAUCCCGCCUGGCCUGGUCAGCCAAACCAGCCAGCUCCACCAACAUGGCCGGGUCAGCCUGGACAGCCAGGAGCUCCAGGAUGGCCUGGACCUGUCCCGCAAACUGGUCCUUAUGGUGUUCCCGAGCCUCCAAAACCACUAACUGUGCCCUUCGAAAUGACUCUGGCCAAUGGUGUAUAUAACAAACUGCUCAUCACCAUUAAUGGAGAAGUAAAACCCAAUGCUGAGCUUAUCACUAUUGAUAUAAAAAAAGACAAUGACAUUGCUCUUCAUAUAAACCCUCGCUUUAAUGAUUAUGGAAAGCAAAUUAUUGUAAGAAACAGUUUAAUUGGAAACCGUUGGGGACCAGAAGAGAGAGAAUGCCCAUCCUUUCCUUUUAUUCCAGGAAAGCCUUUUGAGCUGAAGAUUUUAUGCCUUGACUCUGCAUUUAAAGUGGCAGUAAACAAAUCUCACCUUCUGGAAUACAAACAUCGCAUUCUUGAGCUCAACAAGAUCAAAACACUUCGGAUCUACAAUGAUCUAACCCUCAAAUCUGUUGAUGUGGAGACGCUGCCAUGAGAUCGUACUGUCACAGUUACUGAUGGAUUUGAUAAUUACUGUAUGUCUAUGUGCCAGUCCAUUGACUCCAGUACUAUCUUUAUUACAUUUUAAAAACUAUGUGUGAUAAAUGAUGUUAAUAAUAAAUCAUGAUGAUCUUGUUUUU